GAGGUAUCGUGGGGGUCUGAUUUGGUUUGUGAUUUUUGUCGCGUUGGGUGAUGGGAGAGAGUGGGUGAGUUUUUGAAUAUUUGUUCUUUUGCUUUGCUCGGAUAGUGUUUUCAUACAUACCUUUGAGCUGUAAACGGCCGUGUUUCGAGGUUUAUAUACAAAUACCUUUGAGAGAUCGAAUUGAGUUUCACUCUGCAUGUCCCUUGCAGAUCACUAUUCUUGAAGAGGGGAAAGCACGAGUAAGGUCCUGUACCCUUUCGGUUGUGCGACUUUCACGGAGUGCCAUGAGUUCUGGGGCGUCUUCCUCGUCGGCUGGUUCGACGAGCUCUGCGGGUGGGGAUGAGGGAGAUAGACAGGUUGUUGUGCAACGACCCGAUGGACUCGUUUCUUGGGGCGAGGGGAGUGCGCCGAGUAUUCCUAGUGUGGAUGAUGAGAAUGAAUCUGUAAGGUCUUGUGUGUUUUUCUUUCUUCGCCUCUGUUUUGUGUUGUUGAGAUGGGAGGGGGUUGGGGUUUGUGGGUGGUGUGGGUGGCAGAGGGUUGGGAGGAUGUGUGGAUGUGUAGAUUGAUGGGGUGGAAUGGGAUGUGAUGGGAUACAUGUUAAUUGGAAAUAGGGAGAUAAUGAUUCGGCGAUCGGGGGGAUGAGUGUCGUGUAAGUUGUUUAUUGUUGUUGGUAGGAACUGAGAGGGAAGAAGGAGGAAGGAAAGAAAAGAAAGCGAGACUGAUAAUGGACUCCAGCACGAGUACGCAGAGUUUGAGGAGUAGUAUUUAUGAGGAUGUGGAGGAGAAUGGGAGGACGUACCAUCGUUUCAAGGAGGGCAGUAAGUUCUUGCCCACCACCUCGCCCUGUUUUGGUAUGGAGAUCUUUGGGGAAAAGGGCUAACGAUUGAGGAUGACAGAAUAUCCAUUACCGAAUGAUGCGGUUAGUACUUGAUCAGAUGAGUUUUUAUAAGUGAGGGUUUGACUGACUUUUAUCUUGGUAUGCAGCAAGAACAAGAGAGAUUAGGUAAGUCUUUUCAGUCGAGAAUAGUAGGACUCGGAACUGAGAGCUAAGUGAAAUAGAUCUUCAGCAUGCAUUAUUUGGUGUUACGCUCGAGGGGAAGCUGCAUCUUGCGCCAAUUGCGGAUGGGAUUGAGAAUUGUCUUGAUAUUGCUACCGGUAUUUAUUUCGCACUAUAGGGUGUAUCUCUAAGUUUUCGAUGGUUUUGACAAGCGAUUAGGGACUGGUAUAUGGGCGAUUGAAUUCGGUAAAGCUCCAUAUCAAAUGCAUAUUCGGAUUCAUGGGAACUAAUAUUGUGGUUGUAGCCGAGAAAUAUCCAAAAUGCAAGGUUCUAGGGACGGAUCUUAGUGCUAUUCAACCGCUGUAGUAAGUUUGUAUCCGUCUUUAUAAGGGCUUCUGGUGAAAAUCAUCCAUUUUACUGCUCUUCACCUCCGAUACAAGUAUCGGGAGGGUUUCGCUGAUAUAUGGAAAUUAAGUGUUCCGCCUAACCUCCGGUUCGAGAUCGAUGACGCAGAAGAUGAAUGGAUAUUCUCGGAGAGAUUCGAUUUUAUCCAUGGACGAGCUUUAUUGUCUUGUUUUAAGGAUCCAUCAUUUGUUAGUAAGUUACGUUCCACUCGUUUGCUUUUCGACAUUUAGUUUCCUUCCCAUAAAUCAAAACUCCCCUCGCUUCACCCAACCCAAACUCACAACCCCAGUCCAACAAGCCUUCAACACCCUAAAGCCAGGCUCCUACCUCGAACUCCAAGACGGCACCUUCCCCUUCAAAUACAUCGGCCCACCACCCCUCGACUCGGCAAUCUACAAUUGGAACCAACUCGUCGUGGCCGGGGCCGCUGCCUCGGGUCGACCAUGGACCAACGUCGCCCAUUACGCCCGCUGGAUGCAAGAAAUCGGCUUCGUCGACAUCGAAGAGAAACAGUUUUACUGGCCCACCAGCGCCUGGCCGAAGGGCGAGUACUUCAAGCAAGUCGCGGCGUAUUGGCAAGCGGACUUCUUGAAUGGGAUUGAGGGCAUUAGUCUGAAGGUUAUGGGGAAGUUGGGGUGGGAUGCCGAGGAGAUUAGGGUGUUUUGUGAGAAGGUUAGGGGGGAUGUUAGGGAUGUGGGGAUUAAGGCUUAUUUGCCUAUGUGAGUUUUUCUGUUUGCUUUGCUGUUUAUAUACUGCCACUUCUGGUUUUCAAGAGUGGGAUUGAUGAGAUGCUUUGUGCGUAUGUAUGGCGAGAGAGUUGGACUAAUACUUCUUCUUACAGAACUGUGGUUUAUGGGAGGAAACCCUUUGAGGACAAGACUACACCAGUGGCGAGUACUGAGUCUGUAGCUGAGAGUGUUUGACGUUGUUUUAUCUCGGGGCAUUAUAAUCUCAAGUCUUUUUUUGAAAUAUGCUUAAACCACAGGAAAUGAGGGCUAGAUGGAAGACUUAGUAGAAGCAAAUCCAUAAAGAUAUAUUUAGGCUGCUAAGCAAUCAACACGCGGCUGACCCGGGCAAAUAGAUCAUUACACUUAACU